GAAUGGCCCCUCUUGCAGCUGCCCCUCAGCUUCUCUUGACGGCGUAAUUGGCCAACAUAACUGGAUUCAUCCGAUAGAUUUAACCAUCCAUGCUGGUUGCUUAUGUCGCCUGUACUAAGCCGGACUUUUGAACUUUGUCGGCAGUAUCACCGCAGCAGUAGGGUUCUAAAUAUAUAUGUGUGUGCGUGUGUGUGUGUGUGUGUGUGUGUUGCUGGUACUUGGGCAGACUUUUGAGCUUCCUCAGCAGCACGAAGUGCCUCAGCCAGCCGCAGGAGUUGUGGUGGGCAGACGGAAAGAAUGUUGGGUGCACCAGUAGCAGGUGGUCUUGUUCUCUAUGUAAAGAAGCAAAUGUGGUGUCCCGUUGCCUCCUCUCUGCGGUUCAAUAAGCCUCUGUCGAUGGUUGCAUGUCUCUCUUCCUCUUCAUCCUCCUCUACCACCACCAUCACCUCUGCCAGCCCCCUCCAAGAAGCUGCCGCCUCCAUCCCAGCUAUUCCAAAGGUCAUUUUGAAGAAAGGAAAGACACAGUUGUUCCGAAAUGGAAGCCCAAUGGUGUACAGUCGUGCUAUUGACAGAAUAGUUGGUCGACCUCCACCUAAGACUGGAGAUAUGGUGUUGGUGACAGAUGGAUCCGAAAAGCCAAUUGGUUGGGGACUGUAUAAUUCUGUCUCAAUGUUUUCUGUUCGUAUAAUGCAACUAGAAGAUGAUGCAAGGCGAGAUCCAUCUUGCGUGUUCAACAUGGAAAGAUUGCUUGACUCAAGGCUUGAAGCUGCUGUAAAUUUAAGGAAAUAUUUGGGGCUCCCAAGUGAAGAUACUAAUGCCUUCCGGCUUGUGAACAGUGAGGGAGAUAGGCAUUUUUUGUGCAGGUUGUCCGGUCUAGUUGUUGAUGUUUUCAAUGAUUGUGCUGUUGUUGCGUCAUCUGCUGCUUGGGUUGAAAAGUAUAGACCGACUAUAGAGUUGUUGUUGGGUAAGGUCAAUACGAUAAACCAUACAUGCUGGAGACCAUCUGUUGACAUUUUGAAAGAAGAAGGACUGGAUUUAGAAGCAAACAACCAUGAGUUAUCUAUUCCAGAUGACAGAGUCAAGGUCAAGGAAAAUGGUAUUUAUUACACUGUCUCCCUUGAUGGUCAGAAGACUGGAUUCUAUGCAGAUCAGCGUGAAAGCCGCUCUUUGGUAACUAAGAUAUCUAAGAAUCAUAGGGUUCUUGACCUAUGUUGCUAUAGUGGUGGAUUUGCGCUUAAUGCUGCAUCCGGUGGAGCAGCUGCUGUCGUUGGUGUUGAUUCUUCAUCCGCUGCUAUUGAGCUUGCAAAGGAAAAUAUUUUUCUUAAUAGUCUUGACCACGAUAGGAUAUCAUUUUUGAAGGAAGAUGCAGCUGAGUUCAUGAAAAGUGCUGCUUCAAAAAAGGAUUCUUGGGAUCUGGUAAUAUUGGAUCCGCCAAAACUAGCACCAAAUCGUAAGGUUCUUCAACGUGCAUCUGGUAUGUACAGAAGCUUAAAUUGCCUAGCUAUGAGGGUCACAAGGGAAGGUGGUCUUCUUAUGACAUGUUCAUGCUCAGGAGCUAUGACCCAGAGUGGAACAUUUUUGCAAGUUCUUCAAGGGGCUGCUUCAAUGGCAGGGCGGAGGAUUACUGUUCUGAAGAAAGCUGGUGCAGCAGCUGAUCAUCCUAUCGAUCCCUCUUACCCGGAGGGAUCAUAUCUCACUAACUAUUUGCUUCGAGUUCUGUAAAGGAUAUGUCUGCAGCACCUGAUCAAUGUUGAUUAUAUCUGCGGUCUUAGUCAUUCAGUUAUUACAUUUUUCACCA